ACCGCCUGGUGGAAGCACGUGACCUGGGUCUGGAGCCGGAAGCUACCUAUCUGAUAGGGAGCGCCCCCAGCACCUAAAGCUGCGAUGACUUCUGCACUGACCCAGGGGCUGGAGCGAAUCCCAGAUCAGAUUGGCUACCUGGUACUGAGUGAAGGCGCGGUGCUGGCGUCAUCUGGGGAUCUAGAGAAUGACGAGCAGGCAGCCAGUGCCAUUUCUGAGCUGGUCAGCACAGCCUGUGGUUUCCGGCUGCACCACAGCACAAACAUACCCUUCAAGCGCCUGUCAGGUGUGCCUCCUCUCCAGUGGUCUUUGGAGAACACACGCUGCUGGUGACCGUGUCGGGACAGAGGGUAUUUGUGGUGAAGAGGCAGAACCGAGGCCGGGAGCCUGUUGACGUCUGAGCCUGCCAGAGGGCCAGGGGCUGAGGUGGAUUGGGUCCACGGGCCUCUGUGAUGAGGAAGACGCAGACCUCCUCCAGCUCUUUCUUGGCUUGCUGCUAGAACUAAGGCUUUCUGCUCACCCACCUCCCCACCCCUAUCUGGAAGGGCAGCGGCCUGGGGACUUUGCACUGUGUCAAGGAGAGUGAGGGCAAGGGGUUCUGCCUCUUCCCUCCCUCCCUCCUAAUAAACAUAAGUCUGAUAUUCCCA